AUGGAUUGGCGUAAACUGUUUCAAUGUUCCUCAAAUCACCAGCUUCAAUACUUUCCCCCUAAUGAGAGAAAUGGAACCCUGUUGGUUCACCCACUGCCAGAAGUAUUCGAGGGAGGAAUCUCUGAGUGGAAGUACUCUCUUGUGGGGCAAUUUCUGGGAUCCGCUCCAAAUUUCUCUUCGCUCCAAAGGAUUAUUGAUGGCUUAUGGAAGAAUCCCCUGAAAGGUUCCAAUAUCCAGGUCAGUUACGUAGGUCCCAACCUUUACUUGUUUUCCUUUGAAUCUGAUACUGCUCGUGAUUGGGUAAUGGAGAACGGGCCUUGGCACUUUUAUAAUAAACCUUUAAUCUUGAGAAAAUGGGAACCAAAUAUGCAAAAACUUCACUUUGAUUUAUCCAGAAUCCCGAUUUGGGUUCACUUGUUCAACGUUCCUUUAGAACUGUUUUCUAAUGAAGGAUUGAGUUACAUUGCUAGUGCAAUAGGUUAUCCUCUGUCAAUGGACUCUAUCACUGCUUCUAAGACUAGAUUGGAAUAUGCAAAGGUCUGUGUUGAAGUAGGUGUUUCUGAAGUAAUUCCUAAAUCUAUUGAUGUUAUGCUUAAUAAUGGUCUGCAUUCUACUGUUACUGUCGAAAUCCCUUGGCUUCCACCAAGCUGUAAAUCUUGCAACACUUUUGGCCACAACACUAAAAGUUGUAAGGUUAACCCUUCUCCCUCUCUUACUGCUCAAGUUUGGAGGAAAAAUGAUCCCUUAGCCUCUACAACGCAUGCCCCAGUAAACACCUGUAUUGAUUUCGCAGAGAGCUCUAAAAUUACCGAGAAUGUUAGUGCUCAGGUAUCCUCCACAAAGGACUCUGGACCUGGAACUGGAAUUGUAUCUCCUCAGGGUUCUAAAAAUGAAAGUGCUAAGAUAUCCUCUCCUAAGGACUCUGGAACUGGAACUGGAACUCCUCAUGGUUCUGAACCCUCUCAACCUGAAAAAGAUAUCCUUUCCGAGAGUGCAUCUAUACUAUCUCCAAAUUGCCCUCUUUCAGAACCUGAAAUUGAAACUGCUUAUCUUAAUCCUUCAGAGAUAGUAAUUUGUGAACAAAAGUCUUCAUCCCCUUCUAAAAGGGGUCGGGGUAGACCUCCUAAGUCUAAAACCAAAAAUACUUUAGCAGGUUCUUCGAAUAGAUUUGAGAUCUUAAAAUCUUUUGAAGAGGCUCAUCCCGAGUCCGAGAUGCUGGGGAAAAAACCAAGAGCUGCAGCUUCAGGGGUUGCAGAAUUGAUCAAAGAUUUAAAAGCUAAAAAGAAAUCACACCAUGAGAAAGCUAAAAGUGCUCCAGUAGGAAGUAAAAGGGGGGAUUCUGUCUCCUCUCCUCAAUCCACAUGA